AUAAUGUUUAAAUCCAGCUGCAAAUCCCUUAAAACGCCCAAAGAGUUCUAUUCCGUGAUCCCCACCCCCUCCACCCUAGUAAAUUCAAGAGUUCUAAAUGUUGACAUGAGCGCUCACCGUUCUCGACUCUUCUCUUUUCCAGUUCGGUACUCUCACUAAUAUAAUCCUAACAACAGUUUCGCAGUCUUCGAUGUCAAGAUAUUUUACUUAUACUAACUUGCCUGAGCACCAAGUGGCUAUCUACCAUGAUGAAAGGGUAUCCAUGUUUGAUGACGGAGAAAGGAAGCCAGAAAACCGUAUCCUAUCAUUGCUGGUGACUGGACUCUUCACACUGCUAAUCGUACUGACGUUUCCAAUAUCGGCGUUUUUUUGUAUAAAGGUAUUACGAGACUAUGAGAGAGCAGUCAUCUUCCGGCUUGGAAGAUUGAUUAAACCAAAAGGUCCGGGUGUUAUUUUGAUUAUCCCAUGCCUUGACAAUUGGACCAGAGUGGAUAUGAGAUCAAGGGCUUUCAAUGUCCCACCUCAGAAGGUUCAUACAAAGGAUGAUGGCUGGAUUAUGGUUGGGGCAGAUGUCCAAUUUCGUAUACGAGAUGCUGUUCUAUCACAAACGGCAAUACAGAACCUUAAUCAGUCCCUACGUUCUAUAGCACAAACCUCCCUAUCAAACUGUGUGGCAAGACGAACAGUUCCCCAAGCCCAAGGCGACAGAAAGUUCAUCAACAUUGAAGUCAAGGAUGGUGUAAACAAGAUGGCUGGCAAGUGGGGAGCGGAGGUGGAACGUGUUCAAAUGUCGGAUGUCCAGGUACUAAAAGAGCCACGUGACACUGGAGGGGUUGAUAUUGCACAGAUGUUCUCAGGUGGUCAGAAUGCUGCACUGGCAAACAUACUUCAGGGUCUUUUCCCAGGUGUCGGCAAUCAAGUAUCGACCCCAACCGGAAAUAACACAACACGUACAGACACUUCUGUUCUCACGCCUGCUCAGCUUGUCACGCUUGUCCAGGGGGUCUUGGAAGAGGAUAUGACGUCACGAAUAGGUGGAACUUAUCUCUUUGAUAUUACUGGAGAAAAUGGAGGAACUUGGAUCAUGGACCUCAGCACUGUCCCUGGAAGUAUCAGAGCGACGGAUAAACUAGUAGAGAGCCCGGAUGUGACGUUUUCGAUGAGUGUGGAUGAAAUGGUGAAUAUAUUUUACGGGCAGGUGACACCCUUUAACUCCUACAUGCAGGGAGGGCUAAAGGUGGACGGCGAUUUAAAAAUGGCGAUGAACUUGGAAACGAUUAUUGACAAAUUAAGACAGGGGAGAAGGAAUACGCCGAUGAACGCCGGGAAAGACAAAACUGGCGCUUUUGUCGUCUAGACUCAAGCUCUCGUUCCAUCGAACAGACUAUGUAGGUAGAUAAAGCUAUUUAUGUUGAAUACAUUAGCUGUAACGGCGGGAGGAAGGUGGGAUGGGCGUGUUUCACCGAUACAGGGCCAAUACAGGGCGGUAGCGGAAGAAGUUGUG